AUGAGCUCUCAGGUUCGUCCUGCGUUCUUCUGCAGCCGCCCCAACGGGUUGCUGACUCCCCUCAUUGCUCUCGACGACCUUCCUGCUGGGGUCAACGUCCGCGGUGUUUCUCGUACCCUGACUCCCAGUGAUACCCAGGGCAUGAUUAGCUGUGGUGCCGCUGAGCCUCGUUCUGAGCCAUGGACUCUCGAUGGUGCUCCCCAGACUGGCCGUGUUGCCAUCACCAGUAAUGAAGACCUCGCUGAACUGGAGGGCCUUCUAAUGAAAAUCCUGGCCGACGACAAUGUCUCCACUCAUCUUCGCAUGGCCAUCAAGGGCGUUCUGUAUGGUGGCCUUGAUGCUGCUUACCACCCUGGUGCCCCCACCAAGGCUGUCACUGGCCGUCGUUCAAACUCACCCACCUACUACGGUCAUGCUGGCCACGGCAAGCACGGUUUCAACACCAAGAAGGAGUUCUGCUCUUACUGGAUUCGUCACGGCGAGUGUGACUACCAGCAGCAGGGUUGCCUGUACAAGCACGAAAUGCCAACUGAUAUCUUCAUGUUGGAGAAGCUUGGUCUUCGUGACAUUCCCCGCUGGUACCGCGAGAAGUUCAACGUCCCUAGUCUGCUGCAGGUAAACUAUGGCAACAACAACCGUGGACAGCAGCCCCAGACAGUCAUCGACCAGCCUCAGCACAAGGCCAUUCAGUUUCAGUCCGCUGCCAACAGUGUGAACAAUGCCGGCCUAGCUGCUCACGCCGGUCCAUCUGCCAAUACUGGCACCGCUGCCAACGCUGGCCCCUCUGGUCACAACGCCAAUGGCAAUGCCAACGCCGGUAAGAAGAACAACACCGGCAAUGGAAAUGGCAACCAGCACGGCCAGGCUCACUCUCGUGGUGGCCGCUACAAAUCUCCCCGUGGUGCUGGCUUUGCAGGCGGUAACAAGGGUCGCAUCAACAACGGUGGAAAGGCUGGUGACCGCAAUGGAGUGACUCCCCCUCCACCAACCACCAGCGGCAAUGGUACGCCCGGCACUGCAUCUCCUGGUCCCAGCAAUGUCGCCUCCUCCGGCAUUAGCCCUCGCAUGACCCCUGGCAUUAGCCCCGGCACUCAGCAGAGUCUCCUGGCUAGCCCUAUUGUUGGUCCAUCGGCCGUCCCCAUUUCCCUGAUCGAUCCUCAGGGUCAGCACCUCCUCGAUAAGGAAGGUAUGGCUCGCCGAAAGUCCCUUGCUGAGCGUAUGCGAGAGCUGACUAUGGAAGAUGUCUACGGUGGCCCAUCUGCGGGAAAACAACUGCCCGUCAAAGACUUCUUCCGUACCAAGUCCCGCUUCCAGUUCGGUGCUGAUGGCGGCGAGAAGAAAAUCGGAAUCAUGCCCCCGGGCACUGUCUUCAAUCCGUACGCUGGUCUUGAAAAGUUCGACGAUCACAACGCUGCCACUUCUGCGGCCCCUGCUUCGCCACUGAGUGAGCUCGUCGCUACUUCUGAGCCCAUUGACCCCAACGAGCCCCUGGUCAACUGGGGUCCCAUUGGUGAGCCCGUUCGGCACCCUUCUACGUUUAUGAACUGGUUUGGGGAGAUGGGUCUGCGCCCUUUCAACCCGUAUGCUUAUGGUUAUCCUGAGAGUACUGCUCUCAAGAACCGGUCCUUCAACGCCGUGGACCGUCCUAUUUUUGACCCCUAUGCUUAUGGGUAUCCUUUCAGCAGCACCUCCAAGAUGGCCCCCGUCAGUGCCCAGGCUGCUCAGCCCGGCAUGGACCGUUACUAG